AUGAUGUCUCGUGUGUUGUGUUUUCUCGGUUUGCUGUUGAGUGUUGUCUCUUUGUGUGUGACAGCUGAGGCGGUUUCUGAUUCUCUCGCAGUUGAUUCUGCUGGUACUUGUGCUGAAGGGACUGAUUCUCCUAAUGAUGGUAGAAAGUGUUCGUCUCCUGCUGUUUCACAACCACAACCACUUCCUGCUGGCUCUCAUCCUCCACCUCUUACUGAUGUUGGUAUUCGGGGCGAUGAAGCUUGUCCUGAAGGCGGUGUUGGUUCACAGUGCUCGAAUAAAACUUGGGAACGUGAAGCUGCUCGUACUGAUGAUUGUUUGGAAUCUCAGGGGAAAGGCACUUGCGUAACUAAGGAUCGUGACACUGACAGCAGUUGCCCUGAAGGUUCCGAUCUUCAAUGUUCUCCAACCAGUCUAACGGAACAGAAUCCACAAGGUGAUCCCGGUUCUACUGGUACUAUUGGUCCUGCUGUUUCUCCAGUUCCUUGUCCUGCUCCUGAUGGUGCUACUAGCGCUCCUUGUCCUACUGUUGCUAGUAGUUCAUCUGGUGAGGGUACUCAUAUUCAACUUCAAACUAAGCCUUCCGUGCAAACGCUUGCACCAGCUGAAACAGCAACACCUGCCGGAAGUAUUGCUCAAGAAGGCCCUCUACCUCCUUCCGAUGAACCUGGUACUGAAGCUUCUGAUUCUCCCGGUAAAGGAGCUGGAGCUGGUGCUGCCGGUUCUGACGCUGCUGCCUCUGAGAGGAGUGGUGGUGCUGCUCCAGCAGGAGAUCCGCAAUCUGGAGAGAGUGGAAGAAAU